GGGCCCAUUGAAUUUGCAUAAAAAACUUUCAGCAAGCCCAAGCGCGCACGGCGCUUCCGUUUCUAGUGCAGUUGCAGUUUUUUAUAUUUCAAAGUGUUGGUCUGUGAACUGAGUCGCCGCUGUUAGAAGCACUUUAGGCUGCAGUUGAAUAACAAGUGAAACAACAACAAGCGCUCUACAAGCCUAUUGAACGGAGAACUCAAGUGUUUUGUUUGCUCGCCGCGCCGCCCGUCGUGAUUCGCAUAUAUUAUUUACCGUUGCGAACGCGAAACUGAAAGUAAGGUUCGCAAGCCGCAGAAACUGUAAAUUAUGUAAAAGUGUUGGGCCAACAACAAGUCGUUGGUGCCAGUGUGUGUGUGUCGGGUGGGCUUAUCAGAAAAGUUUAAUGGAGGCUGCGCCGGUAAUUUCUCGGCCUUCUUCAUUUCUCCCCCCAAUCUUCGCCAGCAUCAGAAACGGCCUGCGCCGAACAACAAGAGCAACUGUAAAUAGCAAUAGCCGCCGCCCUUUGUUAAGCGCCGCCCAAAGAAACGUCGCAGAAUAAUGUCGACGAAAAACUACAUCCAUAAUGAAGAAGACAAAUUAAAUAACUAAAUUUUAGGUGCCAGACUCCGUUGCACGUUAGAAACCAGCGAGAUUGAAUGAUGAUUUAGGUCGAGCCCCAGCGGACUAUACCAAUUUCGCCAUCUGGCUUACAGGGAAGCCCGACAGCCUUCAGACUGGAGGCCUCACUAACCCUGAAGCGCAUAUUUGCCCGCAAAAUUGGCUACAAGGCGAAAUCAAAGUCAAUUUUAGCGGCCAUGCGCACGAAACACCUGAUCCUGCUACUGAUCGGAGUGACAAUCCUAACGAUCGUAUUCAUCGCAUUCGGACCAGCCGGCGAGCCGAACGAUUCAUUCAAGAACAUCGUCGUCCAGACGCACCAGCAGUUCAAAGAAUUUCAGGAAAACCUUCGCGUUGGUUUGGAACGCAAAAAACUUGAAAUAGACCCAAAGUAUUUGCUACUUCUGGGCUUCACCUCGCCAAAGGAUGCCUCAGGCCAACAUGAGGAUCAGCAGAAUGGGGCAGCCAUUGGGCCACCGGGUCAGGACUUGCCAAAAACAGAUCACCCAGCACCGGCUACCAAAGCGGAAAAGGAACUCAGCGAGCUGCGAGGACUGCGGCGUCCCCAAGAUGUUGUCACCUUUGAUGGCCAGCCGGGAGAUCGAGAGCAACGGGGCCAGCGUAAACGGAUCACUACACCGUACAACGGAACAAAGAUCAGCUUCACCAUCGUCACGUAUGUGCUGGAGGGUCAAGCUGCAUCGGCUAUCCUACUGGCUCAGAACAUUGCAGCGAAGCUCCCCGCCGAAUACCUCUUCAUCUACGACUUGGGUGUGUCCGAGGAGCAACUGCGGGACUUGGGAGCCUACUGCAACAACAGCCGGUGCUCGGUGAUCACCUAUGACCUUUCCGAAUUCCCCUCCUUCGUCAGCGAUCAGCGGACGCACGCCUACCGGCCCAUCGUGAUCAAGGAUGGUCUAAUGCGUGCUCGGUCGGUUCUCUUCCUGGAAAACUAUAUGCGGGUGCGAGGCGGCGCCGCCCAGCUGCACAAGCUGCAGAGUAGCGUGAUGAACCCUGGAGUAAAGACAGCUGCAGUCAGGUCCGCGGGUGUCCUUGGCUGGAACACGCCAACGGCGGUAUCCUCUCUGACGCAUCCCAAAAUGUUCGACUACUUCGAGUCGAAAGCUGAGGACUUCAACUUUCUUCGCAUGGUUGACCUGGAUGCAGUAUUUUUCUCGGACAAUCCCCUGGUUACCGAGAAGAUCAUGCUGCCCUGGCUAAAGUGUUGUCUAACCCUCGAGUGCAUCGAUCCAAUCGGUGCUCAAUCGAAUGGCUGCAAGUUCAACAAGAAGCCUCUUUACCGAUACUCCGGGUGCCACGGCUACGACGCGUCCGCCUUCAACAUUGUACUGGGUCUUACCUCGCAAAUGGACAACUCCGAAUACUCACUACCCAGCGACAGUCCCCGUAACAUUUUCUACAAGGAGACGCUGGAGCAAGCAACACGGAUUCUGGAGAGCAGGCGGCGAAACAGCAGCGAGACAUCCGACCAUCCGUUUACGGACGACUGAGCAGGGAAAUCCGAAAUUAGUAAUGGACGUGGCGAGGCCAAAGCAUUUGAUACAACAUUUUCUACAGACACACGAGCGGACACACUCAGGAGCCGGCUGAACAAACCAAGAUUAUUAUGAAUUUCGGCGUAAAAGAGAGCCCUUAAUGUGAAUGCGAUUACGCUAAGGUAAUUCCUUAUUAAGCUGAGAUUGACAGACAAAUCGGUGUCCAAGACAAGAUCAGAAGUGAACAGACCAGAGCACAGUAGUUUAGCGUAGCGUUAGGAUGUGCAGUUUAUCAAUACUUAUAAACAUUUAGUCAAGACCUAGUUACUUAUUUAACGAAAAUCUACAUGAAUAUCUGUGUGAAUGUUUCCAUUUGUUUGCUGUGAGCAUCGAUAAUUGAGAAAAAAAACGUGUUUAGUUAACUGCCCCAACUGUAAAUACAUAAGAACAUCAAAUGGCAUACAUUUUGUGAUUGUAUUUUAUAGUUACUCACGCAUAGACGAACAUAUACAGUAUAUAAAUAUAAAUGUAUUGUAACUAUCCUAGAACAAGACGAGCCAAAAAAGUAAGUUAAUAAAAUUCUGAAUUAUCAAUACCAAAUAAAAACCGUUGUUCUGA